AGCACUGCUAGGGUUUUCCUAACUGUUUCCGCCCCGCCGCAGCCGCCCCGCCGCAGCCGCCUCCUCCUCCUCCAACUCCGACGAGCUUAUUUCAAGAUGGUUCUCCAGAACGAUAUCGAUUUACUGAAUCCGCCUGCGGAGCUUGAGAAGAGGAAGCACAAGCUCAAGCGUCUCGUGCAGUCGCCCAAUUCCUUCUUCAUGGAUGUGAAGUGCCAAGGAUGCUUCAACAUAACAACCGUUUUCAGCCACUCUCAAACCGUGGUGGUUUGCGGUAACUGCCAGACAGUUUUGUGCCAACCGACCGGAGGGCGCGCUAGACUCACCGAGGGUUGCUCUUUUAGGAGGAAGGGUGAUUGAGAAAUGAUCAGAUCCAAUUUUCCAUUGCCUACUGUGGGUUGAAGAGCUGUGAAAUUUAGUUUUAGGGGAAAAUUUAAAGUUCUACAUUUUCUGUUGAAGUUUCAUUUUUGGGGGGAUCUGCCAGUCCUCAAUGACAUUGCCCUGUGCUGCAUAUGUUUCGUUAUGGAUGAUGGAUUGUUCUUAUAUACUGUGUUCCAGUCAGUGAAUUCACAGUUUUCUUGUGCA